AUGGAUCGCCCCAGGCCGCAACCACCACUACCCCCUCGACCAACACUUAGAGUGCUCCACAGACAAAAUGCAAACGAUGACCUCUCCCCGACCGUCACAGAGAAUGAAUAUGACAACCAUGUUUACGAGUACAUCGAUAUUCAUAACAGGCAACUUCCCAAACGGAACAAGUCGCAAUGUUUGAAUACACAGGCUGAGAGUCAAGGACAGCUUAACGGUGAACAGCGAGAAACACAAAGGCCUCUCCGACCGCGUCGUACCGCCCCUCCGGUCCCGAAUGCGAAAGGGCCAAGCGGACGGGACCACAUUUCCCCACCAGUACCCCCAAGGAAGCACGUGCCCCUCAGCCACAACAAAACCAGGUUCUCCUGUGACCUGACAGUCCCCAUCCACAAGCUGACCCGCUCCAACACACAAACAGAUGACCCGGAUGCAGGGCUCAUCAAGCUGAAAGACACCCCUGAAGGGAGCACUUCAGUCAUGGCUGCAUUCUGUCAGGCCACAUCCAAUCUGAUCUCACGCCACAAGGCCUCACAAAGUGCUGACAACUGCAGCGUGGUGCAGGCUCGAAUGUCACAUAUCCAUCCAGCACUGCUGCAGCAGGUUGAGUUGACCGUCACCGUCGCUACCGAAUAUCAAAGUCACCAACUUCCGAUCCCGACCUCAGUGAACAGAACAGUGCUAAAUUUAAUCCAAGAGAUUUUCCAGUUGCUGCAGCUCGCUCGCAAGCCAACAGGCUAUUAUGUUCUCAAGUUGUGCAACUCUGAGGAGUACCUUCACAAUGACAAGCUCCUGGGUAUGCACGAGGUUGUUCAAAAACACUGCAAGUUCAACAUGGAUCUUCCCCUUCGACUGCUACACUCCAGCAACUUGAGACACAGCCUGGCAAGGGUUAAGGGGGAGGACAAACCCUCAAGUCAUCUCUACGAGCUUGUGCGUCCUGUCAGCGUCUUCAACACAUGCAAAUUGAGUCUGCAGAAUGUGCCCUUGAGCUACAGCAGGGAGAAGGCCAUGCUGAAGAGAAGUAAAUCGGGGAUUAACAUCAAUGUCCUGGUGACCCAUGUUCGCACCAUUACCGACCUUCUGUGUGGCUUCUCGAGCGGGGAGUUGGAGGACGCCAUUGGUCGGGUGAACAGAGUCAACCCCAUACCUCUGAGUUAUGAGGAAAUGUCUGAAUGUGAGAGUGCCUUGCAGGUGCUUCACAAGUCCCUGCUCAACGUCAUGCAGAGUUUCUUUGAAAACUUCCUGUCCAACUUUAGAACAGAGGAUGUUGCCAGCCAGCCCGAGAUCCGCGACGUGGAAAACAACAGUGAACUCUUACAGUUCAACGUAGCCGCCCUCUAUAAACUACAACCUUACUGGGUGACCACAUUCGACUGCUUCUCAAUUUCCUGUGAGCUGACGUACGGAGAGACGCAGAUUUGUUCCACCGUGGUUUCAGAAAACAUCAGCACGGCUUUGUCCUUUGAGAAAAAAAUACGUUGUAACCGCAUGAUGGCGUUUCCUGUGCCAAUCAAGCAGUUGCCGUAUGAGUGCAUGCUGACCUUCCAGCUGAUGGGCUCAAAACGAGGGAAGAGCCCCAAUUUGCUGGCCUGGGCCGUUAUGCCUCUUUAUAGCAACGGAACCCUGGUAAGAGGGACAGUCUUGCUUAGUUUGUCCAUGUUGGCCAUGUUGUCUUCGCCUCCCUCCCCAGCCCUGUUUGACAGUCACAGACAAACAACGGGGGUCAUCUUGCAGCUUGAGUUCCCAGAUGAGGUGAAGUGGACGUACCAUAGGCCCAUCGCGCUCCCUGGGUCUUUUAUAUUCUCUUCCCCUUGCGAAGCUCUGGAAAAGAAAAUGUUAAGUGUGUCAAACAAGCUGUGUCUUUGCCUUCUAACAGAGAACGACAAGAACUUUCUGUGGAGUAAACGACACAGUAGUGACAAAGCAAAUACCUUCCUCCACCUUGUGUUGGGUGGCGCCAAAUGGCAGACUGAGGACCUUACAGAGAUCUACACAGUUCUGGAUCACUGGGCCAUCCACCUUCCAGAGGAAGCUCUCUUCCUACUUACUGAUAGUUUCCCAGACCAGACCGUGCGUAAGAGUGCUGUACAGUAUUUUGAACAAAUACCUGAUGAGGAGUAUGAGCUGUUUUUACCGCAGCUUGUCCAGGCUUUGAAGAGUGAGUGGGAGCUGGAUGGUCCUUUGGUCAUGUUGUUGCUGGAGAGAUCACUAAAGAACAUUCGGAUUGCCCAUCAACUCUUUUGGCUGCUUGAGGACGCUUGCAGUGAGCAGCACUACCAGAGCUGGUUCAGUAAAGUGCACGCGGCCCUGCGCUUUUGCUGCAGUCAAGGGCUAAGGGAGGAACUGGAGCGAGAGAGACGCUUGCUGUCAGUGGUUGUGCAGUUGGCCGAGAAGAUCCGCAUGUCAGAGAAGACGCGACGGAAGAAUAUUCUGAACAAAGAAAAGAGCAAUAUCGAGAAGUUCUUCAGUGCUGGGGGAAGCUGUUGUCUGCCUCUAGACAUUGCAUUUCGCGUCAAGGGAGUGGACUUGGAUGCCUGUAAAUUUUACAACUCCAAUACCUCUCCUCUGGGGCUGUCCUUCAUUUGCACGGACCCUCUCGCCAAGAACAUCGCUGUAAUCUGCAAGACAGGAGAUAGCCUGCGCCAGGACAUGCUGGUACUACAGAUAGUCCGUAUAAUGGACAGGGUGUGGCUCCAAGAAGGGUUGGACUUGAGAAUGGUCACCUACAGAUGUCUUUCUACUGGCAGCACUCAGGGCCUCAUAGAAGUUGUUCCUGAGGCGGUGACGCUAGCGAAGAUCCAGCAGGAGUGGGGCCUGGGGGGUACCCUUCGACAUGACACCCUGGAGAAGUGGUUUCACAUGUGGAACAAAACAAAAGAGGACUAUGACAAGGCCGUGAUGAACUUCAUUCACUCGUGCGCAGGUUGGUGCGUGGCCACCUUCAUCCUGGGGAUCUGCGACCGCCAUAACGAUAACAUCAUGUUGAAGCACAGUGGACACAUGUUCCACAUCGACUUCGGAAAAAUCAUGGGCAACGCACAGAAGAUCGCAAACGUUAAAAGGAAUGUCAAUCUGGACCGCUCACCGUUCGUUUUCACGUCAGAGAUGCAGCACUUCAUCACCGGCGGUGGUCAGAAACCUCAACGCUUGCAUCGAUUUGUCGAACUCUGCUGUGAAGCUUACAACAUCAUCAGACACCGAUCAGGCCUCAUACUCAGUCUCUUGGAGCUGAUGAUUAAUGCAGAAAUGCCGGAAUUGAAGGACUGUAAUGACCUGCACUAUGUCCAGAGAAACCUCCGACUUCAGCACACUGACCUGGAAGCCACUUCUUACUUUACAGAGAAAAUCAAGGAAAGCAUGGGUUCCGUGGCAGCCAAGUUAAACUUCUUGACGCACAGCAUGGCCCAAAAGAAGAAGCAGGCAUCAUCGAUACACGAUGGUGUUCCAGGCCCCAGUACAAACAUUCAAGAUGCUGUGAUCAAGGACUUCACCAUCAAGGAUAGAGUUGCGAUCUAUAACCUGGAGGUGACGAUUGACGAUGGCUUUUGGUAUAACACAAUGACAUAUGAGGGCUUUGAGCUGAUCCACAAGCAGUUGCAGAAGCACUUCAUCGAGUCUGCUUUGCCUCAAUUUCCGUCCUGGUAUAUGAUGUCAUUCACACCCAACAGGAAGAUGACUAUGCUGAACAAAUACCUCAAACAGCUUUUUGAGGGACCCUGCAAAGGGAAUGAAUUUGUGUGCAGCUUGUUCUUGGAUGGGCCCAAAAUGGGUCAAGAAAGUGUGGUAAAAGAAGCUCAUCCACAAAUCCAGCUGUUAAUUUCUUACAAGGACCGCAAGCUCUCCGUCUUGGUAAAACACCUCAAGAACAUUAAGACAGCUAAUGGCUCCAACCCCGAUGCCUAUGUAGUGACGUAUCUGAGACCGGACCCCCAGCAUAGGUCUAAGAGAAAGACCAAAGUGGUUCGGAAUAAUGACAACCCCACUUUCAAUGAAUUGCUGGAGUACGUCAGCGUCCCACUGCUGUACGGGAUGGUUCUAGAAGUGAGCGUAAAGAGCAAGAAGACAUUCAUAGCUGCCACAAACAUUAAAUUGGACGAGGAGCUGCUCAACAAAGAAACUUGGUUCAAGCUCGGAAACGCGGCGCUUUGA